AUGCAUGACGCCUGCAGGAACGAAGACUACAACCUCGGGCAGGUCCUGCGGACGACGUCCAAGGACAGGGUCGACGCCGGAGCGGCCCCCGGGCCGAAGUCGUCGCCGACGCAGGUGUCGAAGUUGCUGGGCCGCCAAGUCGACAAGGGGUACGACCUGCAGGAAGUGACCAGAAACUCGAGCAAGCAUAAACUCGAGGAGCGGCGGAAGAAACUGAACGACAUCUACGGCCACGGCAGCAAGGACGCCGCCGGUAGGCCGACGCAGUCGCAGAGCACCCCGAACCUGCCCGACAUCGGCCAGCCGCUGCUGCCCAAGCCCACGUCCCUGGCCCCCACGGGGAGCCAGAUGCUCGACAGCGUGCUGGGCAAGCUCAACAAGCCGAAGCUACUGAAUGCGCUGGAUCGCCUGGUGAAGGAGGUGUGCAGCAACAAGAAAACGCUCAAGGUAGCUUUCAGGGAGUUCGACCUUAACGGGGACGGCAUCCUCAGCAAAGAGGAGAUGGCCAUCCAGCUCCGAAAGAUGGGCGUGUCACUGCUUCCUUCGGAGCUCGACGCUGUCAUGAGGGCACUCGACGUCGACCAGAACGGCCUGGUGGAGCUCGACGAGGUCAUCGAGAUCGUGACCGCGUAUCGGGCACACUUCAGGCUGGACGAGCCGGAGAAGGUCGAAGCCCCAGCCGACGGUGAGCGAGAGAAUCUGAAGUCCCCCCCGAAGUCCCCCCCGGCCGGGCGGGGGCCGCCCGGGCGGGGGCCGACGGGCGCUGUGGGCGGGCGCCGGAUCGCGCAGCCGGGCAAGCUGUCCAGUGAGGACGGCGAGUCGGACCAACUGACUGCGUGCUGGCCGCGUUGCUGCAGCAACGCAGGGGUCUGCUCGAUAAUUACUGUUAUAUCCUGUGCGCUAUGCUCUGUUUGCAGUCGGGACCACUUCGCUGCAGGUAGGAUCGUGAAGCAACGGUCUUACACGGAGGUGGCGCGGUUUGCAUCGCACGCCGGGGUUGGGGGGGAGGAGAGUCUCACAGCAAGCAGCUCGCACGUCAGAACCAUUUCCCUAGCGAUCUCCGCCCCCGACGCGCAAGCCGUGUCAGUGCACUUGCAGCUGGCAUUGCCGCUGUCGUGUCUGGAUAUGUCUGCAUUUUGUUGGUUUCUCUCUUGCCUCCUAACUCACUCUCUCUGCCUCGGUUUCUGUCUCCCCGUCUCUCUCACACUUCUCUUGUUUUUUCGAAGCGCAGUUUUUGCCACUGUGACCGGCCAGCCGCCAGCAGCCGCGCACGCUGUUGGUUUAGAGCGGGAUGACCUGCUCGGCCUUUCGACCGAUGCGGCGGUGCUACGUUUUCCUUGCUGUCUCACCAGCCUCCGACGUUUUUUUCAGUCCGCGGGUCCAGAGACCUCGACCCCCUCGCGCCGGGGCAGGUUCUUCUCCCGGAUGUUCUGUUGUGGAUUGCCCAGGGGCCAGAAACUUCUCCUUCGAGGCGGAUCUUUGGACAAGGCGUGUGGCAGAAGGAUCAGUUAUUCGGACGUCUGGGGCUGCCGCGGCCGAGCUCGCAGCAUCCACUCUCGACAGGCGCGCGGCGCGCGGCGUGCGGGCAGGGGCAGGGAUGCUGGGCCUCCGGGGUGGGGUCGGGUACGGCCAUGGCACGAGGGAGAACGUGAUAUCCUUUGCGCAAGACCUGCUGUACAGGUGCGGCACUGCAGUGCGAGGGGUUCGUACCGCUCCGUGUGGAGGCUGCAGCGCAUGUUUGCUUAG